CAGGCCAAGUUCUCCCGCUGUCCCGGGUCCUGGAGCUCUCCGGGCCGGGUAUGUCUGUCACCGCUCUGGUGCCUCUUUUGCGGGCCGGGCCACCGCGUGUGUAGGAUUGAGUAAGAAGCUGGUACAAGGCUGAGGUUGUUGAGCUCCAAGGCUCUGCGCUCCGGGUAAGGUGCCUGCUGGGACCCUGGCGAGCUCAGCUCCCUGGUCAGGCAGGUGCCAGAACACUGUGCUGUGGUGUCUCCAGCAGCCCUGAGGGCUCUGUGCUCACCCUGUCCUGGUGGUGUCUGAGUUCGAACAUGGUGCAAAAAUACCAGUCUCCUGUCCGAGUGUACAAGUAUCCAUUUGAGCUGGUCAUGGCGGCCUACGAGAAACGCUUCCCCACCUGCCCUCUCAUUCCCGUUUUCCUGGGUAGCGAAAUCCUGGGCGAGUGGAGAAGCGCGGAUGGAGCCGUGCACACGGUGGAGAGGAGCUGCCGGCUGCGUGUGGACGCCCCGCGGCUGCUGCGGAAGAUCGCUGGUGUGGAGCACGUGGUCUUUGUGCAGAGAAACGUCCUCAACUGGAGAGAGAGAACACUGCUGAUAGAUGCCCACAAUGAGACCUUUGCGAGCCGAGUGACCGUGAAGGAGAACUGCCGCUACACAGUCCAUCCUGAGAAUGAAGACUGGACUUGCUUUGAACAGUCGGCCUCCCUGGAUGUUCGGUCUUUCUUCGGCUUUGAAAGCACCUUGGAGAAGAUCGCCAUGAAGCAGUACACCGCCAACGUCAAGAGGGGAAAGGAGGUGAUUGAGCACUACCUGAGUGAGCUCAUUUCUCAGGGAACAUCUCACAUUCCCCGCUGGACACCUGCCCCAGUCCGGGAGGAAGAUGCCUGCAGCCGGGUUGUGUACCAGUGUUCCAGCUCCAUGGUGACAGACGGCCCCAGGGAUGCCCCAGGCCCUGAUCCUGAGAUGGCCACAGCUGAUGGGGACAAGCUGGAUGCAGACUACAUCGAAAGGUGUCUGGGCCAUCUCACGCCCAUGCAGGAGAGUUGCCUGGUCCAGCUUCGGCACUGGUUACAGGAGACUCACAAAGGCAAGAUCCCCAAAGAUGAGCACAUCCUGCGCUUCCUGCGGGCACGAGACUUCCACCUGGACAAGGCCCGAGACAUGUUGUGCCAGUCCCUGAGCUGGCGGAAGCAGCACCAGGUGGAUCUCCUUCUGCAGACCUGGCAGCCCCCUGCUCCCCUGCAGGAGUUCUAUGCCGGAGGCUGGCACUACCAGGACAUAGGUGCGUGCACCGGGAUGGAAGAAAACGUGCUCUGCACAACAGGGGGCGAGGCACAGCGAUCAGACAGAAGGAAUAGUUUGGAAAGCACAGCACAUGAAGCUUACCGCUUCCUGACCAUGGCACGACCUCUCUUCAACCUAUAUGGGGUGCCAACCGUGCUCUCACAUGCCAACAAGAGAGUCACCAGGAAGCGACUAUCGCAUCUCUCACCAAAGGCCUGGUAUGAUCCUUCCAGCAGUUGCGGGAGUUGGACGCCCAUUGCGACGCACUAUGAGAAGCCGUGCAUAACGCUGCUCGCUGCAGGUAUCGGGUCGAGCCCAACUUGCGAUGGGGCUGACUACCGCCUGCCCCGACGUAGUCCACCUAACGCACGCCACACUUGUCUAGUACCCAUGCACCUGCCUUCUAUUCUCUUCUGUCAACGGCGAAGAAGACAGAAAGAACGCGAAGAGGAACACCCCGAACAAAGCUCGCAGUUAAUGGCCCGCCGUCCCAUCAGGCAAGAACCCAAGUUGCUGGCAAACCCCCCAAAGCAGAGCCCGACGGCCUGUGUCUGCCACAGCUCCUGGACUUGCCUCCUGGACCUGGAGGGCCUCAACAUGCGGCACCUGUGGAGGCCGGGGGUGAAGGCCCUGCUGCGGAUGAUCGAGGUAGUGGAGGACAACUACCCCGAGACCCUGGGCCGGCUGCUCAUCGUGCGUGCGCCUCGCGUAUUCCCGGUGCUAUGGACGCUGGUCAGCCCCUUCAUCAAUGAGAACACCAGGCGGAAGUUUCUCAUCUACAGUGGCAGCAAUUACCAGGGCCCUGGGGGCCUGGUGGACUACCUGGACAAGGAUGUGAUCCCUGACUUCCUUGGAGGAGAGAGUGUGUGUAAUGUUCCAGAAGGAGGCCUGGUCCCCAAGUCCCUGUAUCUGACCGAAGAAGAGCAGGAGCAGGCUGACCAGCUCCGGCAGUGGAGUGAGACCUACCAUGCAGCCAGCGUGUUCCGCGGGACCCCCCACGAGGUUGCCAUGGAAAUUCCAGAAGGGGAGUCAGUCAUCACCUGGGACUUUGACAUUCUCCGAGGAGAUGUGGUGUUCAGUCUGUACCAUGUGAAGCAGGCCCCCAAGCUGGGUCCCCAGGAGCCUGGGGUUAGAGCCAGUGGGCAGCUAAUCGACAAGAGCUGGGUCCUUGGGACAGAUUACAGCCGUGUAGAGGCGCCCCUCAUCUGCCGGGAAGGUCAGAGCGUUCAGGGUUCCCAUGUGACUCAGUGGCCUGGCACCUACCUGCUCCAGUGGCAGAUUCACAGUCCCGCUGAGAGUGUGGCCUGCAGCCUCCCAGGGGUGGAGGAUGUCCUGACGGCUCUGCACAGUCCUGGUCCCAAGUGUAAGCUCCUGUACUACUGUGAAGUGCUGGCAUCUGAAGACUUCAGGGGCUCCAUGUCCAGCCUGGAAUCCUGCACCAGCCGCUUCUCUCAGCUCAGCGCCACCACCUCUUCCUCCUCCUCUGGACAGUCCCACAGUGGCUCAGUGGUGUCCAGAUAGCUGACCGGGAACCUGCUGGCAGCCCGAGUGCUUCUGGUACCAGGCAGUGUCCAGGAUGAGAAGAGGGCCAGUCCAGACACCUGGGACCAUGCUGGAUAUAGAGGGUGGCACAGCUGGGGUGUGGGGACCCCACAGCAGAGAUCCAGCUCUCUGCCUGUGUGCAGAAGGAGCCUUACUUCACCGCCCUUGAGGGGACAAGGACAGGCCCUAUUCUUUUGAAUUUCUUUUAAAAGCUGAGACCUCAUGGAUGCUCCAUCUCCUAUGUCCAAGACCUGGAGACUAGAGCUGGGACAGGGACUGGACUCACCAUUGACUGUGCUUCUAAUAGGUUGGCCCUUUCCUCAGGGAGGCCUUUUCUACCAAGGGAUCAUCACUGUUCGGUGCCCUCACCCAUCUCCCAGGAGAGUACAGAAGGGAACUUCCCCCGUAAUAUGCUUUAUAUUGUAAUAAGCAAAAAACUGUUUCAUUUACUAGAGACAUAUGCUGGAGCAUUGUCAGUUUUAAUUUGUACAGGUAUACCCAUGAUGGCUAUAACUUCUAGCAAACGUGUGAUUAAAGAAUUAGCCUUCUCAGAA